UUACCAUGUAUCUAUUUCUAUACACGAUGCUAUUGACUGGCGGAGGUGCUCUGGCACACUUCAGAGGCUACACUACGCGCAACCUCUUCGUCCGCGACGAGCCUGUCAAUCAAGUCGAAGAAAUUAAUUUUGUGGAGUGUCCUGUAUGCAACAAUACGUCGCUCUGGCCACCGCUUAUCGAAAACUGUGAAGUCAACCUGAACGGCAAGAGAUACAAGCAAUGCAAAUUCGGAACCUAUAAAAAUAGGGUUUGUGGCAAUCGCAACGACUGCAAAAGGGGUCCCGGCGACAAAUGUUCAACAUUUGAUAAUCGAGAUAUGUAUGACCUGCGAUGCGCGCCUGGCUACCACUGCGAUGGACUUGAACACCGAUGCAUCGGUGGCAGCAAUAAUCCUAAUCCUGUAAAUCGUUACUAUCUUAGCCCAUCUUCAUUUAGUGGCAGUGACUAUACUCGUUCAACUGACCUUUAUAACUCUAGAGAGAAGCGAUCUGCACCGUAUUCUUUUUUUGCACCUCAUUAAAAUAUAUGACGAUCGCUAUGAAUUUCAAAAAUAAAAUACCCAACACAAGCGUAAAUUUAUGAACAAAUUCGUAUUUAUUAUUUAGUAACAUA